AUGGCGUCCCCGGAGGAGCCCACGACGAACGGCGGCAGCACGGCCGCGGGAUACAAACGCGCGAGCCGGAAGGGAGCGCCGCGCCGUUUCACCUGCGAGCACCCGGGCUGCGACAAGAUAUACUCGCGGGCCGAGCACCUGCAGCGCCACCAGCUGAACCAUAACCCCAAAGAGAUUUUCCGCUGCGACAUUGGCGACUGCGACCAAAAGUUUGUGCGCCUCGACCUGCUCGCGCGCCACAAGAAGCGUCAUACCUCGUCCUAUACCCCACGGAACAGAAUACCAAGCUUCGACGCCCCGGGCGAGCGGACGAGACUAUCAACGGCCACCGCGAAGGCGCGCCAAAAUGGGCACACAAGAAGCUCCUUCUCCCAUCACCCGCCGUCGGCCGGUCCGCACGAUGCCGCCAUCCUCUUGACGCCCGACUCGAACACGGCCGCAACACCAGCGCCCCUGCAACAUCCGCUCUCUGGCAGGGCCGCCGGUCCCAAUGCCACCUGGACGUCGCCGAUAGAUGAGCGCGCCCCGACGAACAUGAUACCUCACAGACAGAGCUUUUAUGAGGGCGAUACUACGGCGUUACCAGAGCCUUCCGCCAUGGUCGCAUUCUCCAACGUUGCAUACCCCGCGGACGACCAGCUGGCGCAAGGCAACUUUGCCGCCUGGCUGUUCGAUCCGCAGACCACCUACAACGACUUCAGUGUCGCUAGUCUACCCUUCCUCGAGGGCGGCCUGGAGUCGACUUUCAACAACAACAUACACUAUGACUACGAAUCGUUAAACAGCUUGUCUCCAAUGGAGCAAACCACCCGCCACUCCGAUGCGUCCGACGACUGGAUCACGGAGUCCCGUCGGCAAGACCUUCUGUACUGGUUCCAGAUCUUCCGCAAGAAGCAACCGAGAUACGAGACUCUGAUGCCCAAUCUCGUCCAAGAGAGUGGCGGCGACCUCCCAGCGCUCAAUGUCGACAUGAUGCGAGACUGUUUGAAGGAGUUCUGGGACAAUGUGUCACCACGGCUUCCUAUCAUACAUCAGCACACCUUCUCCGCAAACCGAUGUCCCAUAUUUCUGCUGCUCGUCAUGAUCUCACUCGGUGCUGCGUCUCUCCGAAGCAGGGACAACACCGGGCGACUCUCCGAGUAUGGCGCAUUUGCCGACGUCAUCAUUGCUAGUGUUCGGUGGGAGAUCCUAACAUCCGACGACUCGGCGCCUCCGAUAGGCUUGUGGGUUGCCCAGGCGUUGCUUCUGCUGGAGUUCUACGAGAAGCUGUACACGUCGAGAAAAUUACACGAGAGGGCGCACAUUUACCACCCGGCGUUCUUGACCCUCCUGCGCCGUGGAAGUCCGUUGAUAGGAAGAAACGGCAGCGAGUCACCACCAGAGCCGGACGGCUUGGGUGCAGAGCGCGAGGCGCCAAGCAUGGCGCUCGACUCGCGCACGUGGUGGAUACGCUGGGCGGAGACAGAGUCGAUGCACCGGGUGGUGUUCGCCGCCUUCAUGCUUGACAUUAUACACGCCGCAAUGUUUGGACAUACAGCCGAUAUGGCGGCGCACGAGAUCCGACUGCCAUUGCCGUGCGACGAUAAUCUGUGGACGGCGAGCAGCCCGGACGUCGUGCGCCAGCUCGAUGCCAACUUCCGCAUGUACGGCGUCAAGCAAGUGUCUUUCUUGGACGGCCUAAAGAGUGCAUUGCAUGGCAAGGAGGUCAAGACACACUCGUUUGGGCGCAUGAUUAUCAUCUCAGGGCUGCUGAGCGUGGGAUGGCAUCUCAGCCACAAGGAGACGCAUCUUAAGUGGCUGGACCUGCGGACUCCGUCAACGGAGACCCAGGAUAACUGGCGCAAGAUGCUCCUCAAGGCGUUUGGAAACUGGAAGGAAAGCUUCGACGUGGCCAUGUCUGAUUCCAUCACUGACGCGCCGGGUCAUCGGCCGGUCCCCAAUGGGCCGAUCAACAGCGCCUCGCUGCUCUUCCACCUGGCGCACAUCAGCCUCCAUGCCGACAUCGUGGACUGCCAAGUGUUCGCGGGCGCAAAGCGACUCCUCGGACGCAAGGUAUCGGCGCGAGAUUACACCAACGCGGUCAAGCGAAUGAGCGCGUGGGCUAAGCAGGCGUCGACUCGGCACGCGAUCCUGCACGCCUUCAAGCUACUCUACCGUGUGCUUGUGGACCCCCACCCAACGAGGCGUCGCAACAACAGCAGCCCGCACUCCCCGGACUCACCAGCGGUGCAAUACUCGCUCCGCAACGAGACCGAUCCGCACCGGCCGUGGAUCAUGUACUACGCUGUGCUGUCCAUAUGGGCAUUUGUCCAGGCGGUCGGCCGACCGCCAGGCAAGGGAUUUCCCCUGCGACCGUCGCAGAUGGGACAGAGCACCUACGCGCGCAUGGCAGAAUACCUGUCCGGCGUUGCGAUGCUGCCGGAGCUGGACGAGGCGACCGCGGCGAUGCUGCACGAAGGGCUGCCGGAACUUUUGGAUGUAAUGGAGGGCAUCUUAGAAGAGGCGGACACGGAGUUAUUGGUGGAGGCUAGAGAACGGCUCAGCGUGUGCAGGGACAUGCUCCUCGGCGGAACGAGGCGGACGGAUUAG